CGCGCUUUGCUGAACGCGUGUGCCCUUAGCAGUACGAACUUUGUGCCUCAUUGACACGUGAUUGUGUACCGACUGUACCGUACACAUGUUUGUUUACUGGACUGAUAGCGCAACUUAGGUGUCCAUUUGUCGUCGAGCGCACACCGUUGCUAAAAGAGUCUUGAAUAAUUCAUCGGCAUAUUAAGCCGGGACCCAAGCGAAGCCGUGCGUGUUACACAUUACACUAAAUAGCGCCGGUGUUGCCAGCAUAUAAAAUAAACACAUAACAUUAAUUACAUUUGACAAGACUUCAUUAUUUUUAUCUGGCAAUGAAGAUACUUGUAUGAACGCUUAUUUAAUUUUGGCGCGAGUUCUGAAAGACAUUCUAAUACACAAUCAACAUUAAAUAAAAAGACACUUAAUAGUGGUGCAAAUGAAAUAAUAAAGUGCUGAAUCAGUGACUUUAACCUCUAUAUUGAAUGACUAAAAUCGAAGCUAUCAUCAAUAGAAUAAUGAAAGUAACCAAAAAGCGAGCGCGGAAUGGACGUUCAAUUUUAGUUUUAAAAAUUUUCCUACCACUGAAAACGAUAUCCUUUUACGUAAAUUAGGCAUACGAGUUGAAUGUGAAUCGACAAUAAUUAAGUUAAGUAAUAUAUGCGCCAAAGUUUAAUUAGUAAAUAGUGUAAAUAUAGUGAUACGACGUAUGUUAUAUGCAUGAUAAAAUGGCACUUAAGUACUUUUUAGUGAUUUUGACAUCUGCGGUAUUAGUGUUGGGGACAGGCGAGUGGAGUGAAGAUGCGGAAGAUUUAGUGUCAACAGUGGAUGUGGACGCAGUGCUUGGUCGCACUGCAUCACUGCCGUGUGACGUCACGCCCGACGGCAACGAGGAUAGAGUCUAUAUGGUGCUAUGGUUUCGAAAAAGUGGUGGAAAACCGAUAUACAGUUUUGAUGUUCGAGGGAGAUCGUUCAACAAAGCCUUACAAUGGUCAGACCCCGCUGCCUUCGGGCCGCGUGCAUACUUCGCUACCGUGACGCGGCCUGUGUCACUCACUCUUAGUUCUGUGCAGCUUGAUGACGAAGGAGUAUAUAGGUGUCGAGUGGAUUUCAAGAACUCCCCUACUAGAAACUUCCAAAUUCGCCUCACAGUUAUCGUGCCACCACAUCAAAUGCUUUUAUACGACAAAUCUGGUGCCGACGUGUCGGGGGUCGUGGGUCCCCUCGAAGAAGGUUCAGCACUGGUUUUAGUUUGCGAAGUACGCGGAGGUCGUCCAGAGCCAGUAGUGACGUGGCUUAUAGACGGAAAACCGGUACAAAAGUACAUCGGAGAGAAAACCGAUACACAUGUAAUUGUGAAUCGGUUAGAAGUCCAACAUCUAAGCCGGGAGCACCUCAAUACAACCUUUAAAUGCCGGGCUACGAACACUCAUCUCGUCCCGCCUCAGGAGAAAUCUGUGCGAUUAGAAAUGACUUUACCACCUCUCUCCGUAUCCCUCCUAUACCGUCCCCAACAACUGCUGGCGGGUUCAGCCGCGACACUACAAUGCGUGUCGGAAGGCAGCCGACCGCCCGCGCUGAUAACUUGGUACAAGGACAAUAGAAGUUUCGAGAAAGAACGGGUCACAGAACGCGCGAACGAAACGUGGUCAGUUAGUACACUUGUGUUUCACCCGACACCGAGCGACAAUGGAGCGUUUGUCAAGUGUGUUGCGACCAACCCUAGACUGCCCUCGAAAGCCAUUGACGAUCAGUUACAACUUAAUGUUGUAUACAGCCCGCUAGUGACCCUCAGCCUGGGCAGCACGCUCAACCCGCGCGACAUCAAGGAGGGUGACGACGUAUACUUCGAGUGCGGCGUGCGCGCCAACCCGCGGGAGUACCGCAUCUCGUGGUACCAUGAUGACAGACCCGUAAUACAAAACAUGACGUCCGGUAUAAUAGUGAGCACCCGGUCCCUCGUGCUGCAGAAGGUGACGAGACAGGAAGCCGGCAAGUACUCCUGCAGAGCGACCAACGCGAGGGGCGAGACGGCCAGCGAACCGGUCAAGUUGAGGGUGCAAUAUGCGCCAGUAUGUGGGAUAUCUUCCCCCCGCGUGGUGGGCGCCGCGCUCCACGAGGCGCUGCGCGUGCGUUGCGCGGUCCGCGCUGACCCCGCUGACGUCACGUUCCUCUGGCAGUUCAACAACAGCGGCGAGAGCUUUAACGUGUCACCCGCUAGAUACGGUACGCUAAAUGGUAGUACGAGCGAACUGCAAUACACGCCCGCGAGCGAGAGAGAUUACGGGGCUCUAACGUGCAGGGGAACUAACAGCGUGGGUCGGCAAUUGCAGCCUUGCGUAUUCCAGAUUGUUCCUGCUGCACGUCCAGCUCCUCCCCGGAACUGCUCGAUUUCUAGCGGCAAUGACUCCUCCUGGCUCGAGGAAGUGAGUCGAGAGGAAGUGACUGACUCUCUUGCUGUGAGAUGUGUUACGGGGUAUGACGGGGGUCUGCCGCAGUUACUUGUGCUGGAGGCUUUGGAUUCAACCACUGGGGUCACGAGGUUUAAUGUUACCACUAAUGAGACUAAUGGAGUAGCAAUAUUCCAAAUACCAGCCAUGGUGGUGUGGACGAGCGGCAGCUCCCUCCGCUUCACGGUGCACUCGCGGAACGACAAGGGCGCGUCCGAGCGGGUCGUGCUGCAGGCGCUCGCCUACACCGACCCGGAGAGGAGAACUGAUGGCGGUCAGACCACAGUGGUCGGCUUGUCUCGCGGCGCGCUGUGGGCGAUCAUACUCACGGCGGUGCUGUGCGCGAGCGCCGCCGCCUUGGCUGGAUAUUUCUUAAGGAAACGGAGAAGCAGUCCACCAAACAAGCAGCACUCGCCCGAGCUGCAGCUGAACUCGGGCGACGGCCAGUACAUCGUCGCGUAUACUCUAAAGCCGCCCAAACAUGCGCAACCGGACAUAUUAAACCCACCGCCAGACGGCAGCCCUCACGCGAGUAUGGAGGCCGUCAAAAACGGCGCUCUCCACGCGUGUGACGAGUGGCCGAGCGAACAGGAACAACGAAACUCACUAUCAUCUCCAAAAAGCACGUCAAGUAAAGCAACAUUCAAUACGACGUUAAGUCGAAGAGAACACCUCAUAGCUGAGGAGAUUCCGGGCCCCGAGAGUUGUGUAUAGGAUUGUAUAUAGUAGAG